UCUAAGCACUAGAAUAUCUAAGCAAGUCGAUUUUCCCAUCAAAUUUUUUACAAUCUAUGCCGCCUAUAGUUUAAACAAAUCAAAAUUAGCAGUUGGCGGCUAAGGUAUAUGCUCUCAGUUAAAUCUAAAUUAUAAAUAAACCAUAAACCAAUCAGCACACAGUACUCUUAUUAUCUCUUUCCUUAUUCUUCAAUGGCACCAAACUCAGCAGCCUUAAAGUUCCUUCUUGUUGCAGGCAUUAUAAUAAGUGUAGCUAAUGUUGCCAAUGGGCUUUUAGAAACCGAUAUGACAUUCUACUUACAUGAUGUCUCAGAAGGUCAAAAUGCCACAUUCUUCCCGGUUGCAGGCAUUCCAGGCAAGCUUUGGUCAUCCACUCAAUUUGGAACCGUUUAUGUGCAUGAUGACCCCAUAACAGAAGGCCCUGAUCCAAAUUCAGCUCCAGUUGCACGCGCACAAGGCAUGCACGUUGUUGCAAGUUCCGAUGGAACUAGUUCACUUGUCAUGAUGUCUUUUGUGUUCACUAACGAGGCCUACAGUGGCAGCACUCUUCAGAUUUUUGGUACUAAUAGGCAGAACGAGGCCGUUAGAGAGGUUCCUGUGAUUGCUGGGACAGGGAAGUUUAGGUCUGCAAGUGGUUAUGCCAUGUUCCAGAAAUAUAUCGAUUUUCCUGAUGCCUACUCAGUUAUCCAAUGCUACAUUUCCAUACAUUAUAAUAUAUAAUUAGAAGGAAUUGUUGAUGUCUCUUGUUAAGUGAUAAGAAUUAUCUUUUUAUAGAAUAAACCUUUAGAUGCAAAUUCCACCUAAAGUACAGUGUGGCUGUGUCUAUCAGUAAGAGAAAUUAAGAAGAAAAUGUU